AUGGAAGAUUUAGUAGCAGGGAUCAAUAUGUUGAUUGCAAAAGAUGCUUCGCCAGAAGUUAUGGUCCAGUACUUUCAGAAUUACAAGAAUGAUGAUUGGAAGAAAUAUGCAAUGUGGGAUCCUUACAGAUACACUCGAAAUUUAAUCGAAGAAGUCGACGGAAAAUACUCAUUGAUCCUCCUCUGCUGGCCCGAAUCCAACGCCAGCGCCAUCCACGACCACCCAAACUCCGACUGCAUCAUGAAGUGCCUCUCUGGAACUGUCAAAGAAACCCGCUUCGCCUGGCCAGAAAAGAAGAAAACGAAAAUGACGGAAACUGGCUACACUGUAGGAACAGAGGGAGAUGUUAUUCACAUAAAUGAUGACCUGGGACUCCACCGCGUUGAAAAUCCUUCAUCUUCAGAAGGCGCUGUUACUCUCCACUUCUACUUUCCCUGCAUUCAUGAAUGUCUUGUUUUCGACGAAGAAACUGGCAAGGCUCGACGAGUAAAGAUGACCUACACUUCCAUCCGAGGCGUCAAGCAGACUCCACAACAGAAGUUUCUCCCGUCGUCCUAUGCCCAUUUUUUUGAGGAAUUGUCCAACUUUGUUAAUUUGAACAACUGUCUGGUCAGCGAUAUUGGCAAGAGCGGAGCCAGUGGUGGUUUGUUCGCGGUGCUUCAUCGCGCCGAAAACCCUCUCGCAGAAGCGGUUCGACGUUUCGUACUUUCCUUUGAGAAUCAGCUCGAAGUUCGGUAG